AUGGCAGACAAGGUUCCUCAGAAUUGGGAUACUCAGACGAAGGCGGCACCGAACCUUCAAAUAGCCGACUACAUCAAAGAAGUCCCGGAAAAACCCCUGGUCACAAGUAAGGACACAAGAAAUGGCAAUAAAGCUGAGCCCAUAGCUCGUGCACUCUUAUCAUUAGGUGCUGAUACGCCUGCACGUGUCACUGGAACAUCUCAGCGACCCGAAGAGGGUACGGCAGGGGCCGGCCCAGGUGCAGGAAGUUUUUUUGGUGUCGAAGAAGCAGUUAUGCGCUAUGUUGGUGGCACGUUACAAGAUGAUAGGUCACAAAAAAAACGCAAGGCCAAUGCAUCAACCACUACAGGCCAGUACGAGGCCGACUUCAAUGAGUACAUCGGCAAUGGCUCAUGGGAGAAGUUUCUCCGCGAAGAUAUCACUGGAGGAGAAGCAGAACCCCAUGAAGCACAUACUGAAGCCUAUGCUGCUAUAUUUGAUUCUACAGCGGCUGGGCACGUACCGGCGCAAGGCCCAAUGGCCACAGGUUCUUCAAGUCGUACGGAAAUUCGGCCGCCCAAUGAAUUGAGAAGUAAGAAGCGCCGGCUAGGGGGCGUGUCGGUAGAAAACACCCUACCACAUAUAAGCGGCGCUGAUGUCCGCCAGCAUGGUCUAGAUCAGCCGCUCUUUGAAUCCUCCUCUUCGGGCUUAGGUUUGUCAAGUGAGCACCCCGAUGACGAUAAAGCAAAACUUGAUGGUAAAAACCGCAUAGCAUGGACUGGUGAUGGUAGUGAAACUGGUGGGUCGUUUGAUGAUGCGGAAUGUCGAGCCCUUGACGAGUUUUUGGAGCGGUUCAUGAUCCAGAAUAGCAUGACCAGGCAGCAACUAUGUGAACGUGUCUGGACUGCGGAGCGCAAAAAGGAUAACUUUUGGGAUGCAGUUUCUGCUGUAUUGCCUCAUAGAACCCGUGCAAGUGUUUACAAGCAUGUUCGGCGGGUGUACCACGUUUUCACAGUUCGUGGAAAAUGGUCUCCUGCGGAAGACCUCCACCUUGGCCAGCUGGUGAAUGAGCGCGGAGCACAAUGGAAAUCCAUAAGUUUGACAAUGCAUCGAAUGCCCGAAGACUGCCGUGAUAGAUGGAGGAACUAUGUCAAAUGCGGAGGCCAGCGAAAUCAAAAUAAAUGGUCCGUCAAAGAAGAGAGCCAAUUGCACCGUGUUGUAACAGAACAGAUGGCACAAAAUCCUGGUGCACCAGUAAACUGGACUAUCGUAUCAGAGCAGAUGGGUUGUACUCGAUCCAGAAUACAAUGCCGGUACAAGUGGAAGAAACUUGUGCGUAAAACACUGCCUGGGUAA